AUGCAUGCCGCUCCAAGAACGACCGCGGCAGUCGCCGUGGUGCUCGCCGUCUGGCGACCUGUCCAUGGUUUGGUGAACCUGUACCAGAGAUCGGAGUCGUACAUGGGGCAGGACUUCUUUGGCCACUUCACUUUCUACACAGGUGCAGAUCCGACCCACGGCACAGUUAAGUUUAUCGACGAAGCAGCAGCCUGGAACGACAAACUCUUGUCCAUAUCCGAUUCGCGUGUCCUCAUUCGCAGCGAUAACACGACCGUGGUGCCAGAUGGCGAGGGCCGGAAGGCUUUGAGGAUUGAGUCGAAGACGAGAUACAAUGGUGGGCUCUUCGUGGUGGAGAUGGAUCAUGUGCCGACUGCCUGUGGGGCAUGGCCGGCCUUCUGGAUGUUCGGAGACGAUGCGCAGCAUGUGUGGCCUCGAUGGGGCGAGUUCGACAUAUGGGAGGCAAUCCACACCCAGAAUGCUGCAACUACAACUCUGCACACGCGUGAGAACUGCGAUCAGCGAGCCGUGAAUGAAGGCAUCGAUUUUCAAGGUCAGGGUUGGUCUGUCGGUACCCAAAGCAACAAGGCGAAGAACUGCUGGGUCCAUGCAAAUGCAGAAUAUGACAACCAGGGAUGUGGACAGAAGCUUCAGGAUGGAUCUGCCGGUCCGAAGUUCAACGUCCAAGGAGGUGGCACAUUCAUUGCGGAAUGGGAUCCUGUGGUGAACAAGCGCCUCCGCACGUGGUUCUUUCCCAAGGGCCAGGAGCCCGAGAUUGGUGACAACCCCAACCCAGACACCUUCGGCAUGCCCAACUCAUUCUUCACUUUGAACGAAAAAUGGUGUACAUCCGGACACUUCCACAACAUGCGGAUGGUGUUCGACGUUACAUUCUGCGGUGAUUAUGCCGGUGGAACAUUCCACUCAAGUUGUCCGGAAAUUCAGAUGUCCUGCGCGGAGUACGUUCGAUCAAAGCCAAGCGCAUUCAGUGAAGCUUUCUGGAGCAUCCGGCGCCUGGAUGUUUAUCAAAGCAGAGCUGUCCAAGCCCUCACAGGGGAGCAGCCCGGCACCGCUUGGACUGCCAUCCUGGCCAGUCUUGCUGCUGUGGCGCUGCUUGGUGUUGUCCUCUACUACUACUGCAGCCGCCAGCGCAUGGCUGCCGUCGGACAAGCCUUGACGGCGCCCAUGAAAUCAGACGGCAAGCUCCAGCUCCCUAUAAACAAGGCGACACGAUCGGGUGCCGGCGGGCUGGUUACAAGUCCAGUCUCGCGGCGAGAGGUGUUCCUUCAGAGCGAAGCGGGUGGCAAUGUGGCUGAACCGGAAGUGGAGCCAGCACCACCAGGCUUGUCCUGGCGUCGGCUGUGGCUGAUGUUCUGCUGCGCCAACGAGGACAAGCGGACCCCAAACAAGGCGCAGGGUGGCACGAGACCCAUCGGCUAUGAUGAAGUCCAUCCCACAAGCCCAACCAGGACACCAUCAAGGACGGGCGAGGUCACGCCAAUGCAGCCUACGCUCCGAAAGGAGGGGUCCGCUGGACGAGUGGGGUCUGGAAUUCUCGUGCGUGCACCCUCCGGCGCGUUGGUCGACCAGGAUUCGGGCAAGGUGGUUGUGCCAGCCCCAUCAAGAUGA